GCUGCGGUGGUGGAGGUGGUGGCGGCAGGAGGAGGAGGAGGAAGAGGAGGAGGAGCGGGAGCCGCGGACCGGCGCCUCCCCGCAGCCCCGUCGCUGGGCCCCGCCGGCGCCCCCCAUGCCCGUGUGGUGCUGCCGCUGCUCCUUGGCCGGUCCCGUCAGAAAUUACAGUGGCCCUGAAACUGAAGGACAGCUUUUGAAUUCCUUCGUCCAGUAUUUUGGUGACAGCCUUGGGAGGAAGAUUAAAAGAAUGCCUUUAAUAGAAGAAACUGUUCUGCCUGGGGACUCUCUCCUUACUCUGCCUGUAGUAAUAAUAGGAAAUGGACCUUCAGAUUGUCUUUCGUACCUGCUGUCUGGAUACAGGCCAUAUUUGUCUCCUGAAGCUGUACAUCCAAACCCCAUUCUACAUACAAAACUAGAAGAAGCUCGACAUCUUUCCAUUGUUGAUCAGGAUCUAGAGUACCUGUCUGAAGGCCUCGAAGGACGCUCUUCAAACCCAGUUGCUGUGCUUUUUGAUACACUGCUUCAUCCUGAUGCUGACUUUGGGUAUGACUACCCACCAGUUUUGCACUGGAAGCUAGAGCAACAUAAUUAUACCCAUAUAGUGCUUGGUAAAGGACCACCUGGUGGGGCUUGGCAUUCCAUGGAAGGCUCUAUGCUAACAAUCAGUUUUGGAGACUGGAUGGAACUACCCGGACUCACCUUUAAGGAGUGGGCAGCUAGCAAGCGCAGAAAUAUAAAGAAUGACCGAGUAAUACCAGAAGAAAUUGCUUGCUAUUAUAAACACUAUGUUAAAGUCAUGGGCCUCCAGAAGAAUUUCAGAGACAAUGUUUAUAUAACAUCAGUAUCCAGACUUUAUCGAGGAGAGGAUGAUGAAGAUAGAAGUCAACUAAGUGAAGAUAUUUCAACGCAGCAUUUGGAAAUGGAAGAUGGACAGAAAUCACUGAUCAAGCGAAACUGGGAAGUCAGAGGUUAUCAGCGAGCGACGGAUGGUUCUCAUGUGCCCUUCUGCCUCUUUGCUGAGAAUGUGGCUCUUGCCACUGGAAGCUUUGAUUCUCCUGGCCGACUACAAGUUGAAGGAGAAGACUUUCCUUUUGUGCUUCAUUCCAUGUCUGACUUUGGGGCUGCUAUCAGCAAAGGAAAGCUACGUGGGAAAGCAGACCCUGUAUUAAUUGUGGGUGCCGGACUUACAGCGGCUGAUGCAGUACUGUGUGCCUACAACAACAACAUCCCAGUAAUUCAUGUGUUUCGUAGAAGAGUUACUGAUACAAGCCUGAUUUUCAAACAGUUACCUAAAAAGCUUUACCCUGAGUACCAUAAGGUCUAUCAUAUGAUGUGUACUCAGUCACACACUGUGGACUCUAAUCUGCAUUCUGCUUACACUAGUUUCCCUGAACACAAUGUACUUUCCUUCAAGCCUGAAAUGAAGUGUGUUCUUCAGAGUGCCUCUGGACUGAAGAAAAUUCUGAAGUUCUCUGUAGCCUUAGUUCUGAUAGGUUCUCACCCAAACCUUUUCUUUCUAAAGGACCAAGGACAUAGCAUAGGUCACCACUCAAAUCAGCCCAUCACAUGCAAGGGGAAUCCUAUAGAGAUCGAUCCAUAUACUUAUGAAUGCACUAAAGAAGCAAACCUCUUUGCUUUAGGUCCUCUGGUUGGAGACAACUUUGUACGUUUUUUAAAAGGAGGUGCAUUGGGCAUUGCACGAUGCUUGGCAAUAAGACAAAAGAAGAAACAUGAAUUGAUUGAAAGUGGGGAUGGAGGAGGUGAUGGGGUACCUUAAAUAAGGCAUUAGAAACUUUCACAUACGAAAUUAGACGUAGUCUAACAAAAUACUGACAGCAAAAGUUGUUAGCAGUCAUAUUUCUGUAUACAAGUAACCUGUACUUGUAUUGUUCGGUAAAGGAUGCUAAUACCACUAUACUUCCUUUUCAAAAUACAAAAAUUUGAUCUGCUGUUACAACUGAUCUCUACUCCACUGGAAUUACUUCCAGAGAAACAGAAAAUGAGACUAACUGCUAUGACCUGCCUGUCAUCUCUUGCUCAGCUUGAAAGAGCAGACUUCCUCUGGGAAAAGCAAUGCAUGCCAGAGUGGGUUUAUCUUGUAGUGUCAAACCUGACAAAAUAUUCUUAUCCUGAAAUUAAGAUAAUUUUUAAAAGCAGAAGACUCCUAGUACAAAGUGAUUCUUGGUCCCAAAGCAAAUUUGGAGCCUUCUGCUUGAAGUGAGGAUUUUAUUUAUUUGCCAUAGUAACACAGGAAGAAUGAGCACUUAGUAAAAUGGUCUUUACUAUGCGAAGGAUUUCUGUAAGCUGAGAAGUAUUGGUCAACAGUUCCAAAUUAUUCAACUUGGAAAUUGGAAUAAAAGAACAGGCAUUCCCGUUUAAUCUUCAGUGCAUGAUUUGACAAUUCAUUCAUAUUCUUUUCACACUAUGCCUAGAUUUUGGUGAGUGACCAGAAAGACUAUGACAUGAGAUGUUCCCCUUCAGUGAUGUGUACGUUCUGAGAAUACUCAUCAACAUAAACAAUAAAGUACUGAUGUAAGUGCCUCUUAUUACAGUGUCAAUAUAAUGAAUAGUGUACUACUGAAAAAGAAAUCUAAGUACAUGAGAAAGCUUUUCAAUUUUUUGCCUUUUAGCUCAGGAAGGCUGAAUGGGAUCACUUGAGUGAUGAAGGUGGGUGGUAGUUAUUAGUGUCUCCCAUUUGGCCAAGUACUGGUUGUUUUUUCCUCCUAGAUCAGCAUGUAACGCAAACUAUUUUGGUCUGCAUUUAUUUUGAAAUGUCAUGGAAAAGGAUUAUACUCACAGCCAGCUUAGAGAAAACAAACAUAGUUCAUAUGAAAUAUUAGUUUGCUAUAAAAUACAAAGAUUUAACAGGUACCUACCUCUGAAGUUUUGCGUUUCUGCUCCAUAAUGUAAGGCCUGGAUUUUUGUUUAUCUAAACACGCUCUAGGGUUAUCGGCUGUAGCAAGGUAAGCAACAGCCAGUUAGAAAAUUAUCAUCCAGAACUCUCAGUAGAUUAAGUGCUUGGUUUUGAUUCAUUACCACACACUUUAAUUCAGGUCCAAUGUGAUAGAAUAGAUGUACUACAUUUAGUUUUUCAUUUGGUUUUCAUUUUCAUUCUGUGUUGAAGAAUAUCAUGUUAGUUUAAGAUACUGUAUUUGCAUGAUUAAAAUCUCCAUGUUAGAACUUGAGCAGAUUUUAAAAGGAAUAAGUCUUAGGCUUAGACUUUGUGAAACUACUAGUGCUUGCUGGUAUCCCAGCUUAUUUUCCCAAGUUGUAGAGUAUCUAUAUGCAACAAAUGCCUGCGUUCUGUGCCAACCGAGUUAUUGGGUUCUGUGACUACUGCUGGCUUUAUGUGUCUGAGUAAGGUAAUCAGACUGCACAGACUUUAGUUGACAAGGCUAAGUACACAAAGAUUAAAAUGACUUUUUUUAAUGGAAGGCAAAAGUCAUUUAUGAAAUGAUGCUGCUACUGAUAAAUUUUAGUUUAGAGCCAACCAAAUUGCAUAAAUGCAAACCUAAGGAAGGUAGACUUUAUUUUCUGCAUUGCUUACAAGGUUGAAUUUAACCAUACAUUUUCAGUAGUUAAGAUUUUUUUAUACUGAUUCAAGCUGGCUUUAAUUAUGCUAAUCCUAGGCUUAUUUAUAAAUGAACUGAAAUUCUAUAAUUAGCCUUCUUAGCAGAAACUGUAUGUAUAUAUCAAUCUAUCCUAAACCUGUUGAUACCUAAUCAUUUUAACUGAGAAUUGGUGUUUCAAGUGAUAAAUACUUGAUUAUAGAACUUUAUUGCAGUUAAUAUAUUGGGAAUACAUCUGCACUGUGAUUAAAUUCCUUCAGUUUUUGUAUAAAUAUACAUUUCUAAAAUACGGCAUAUUGCAGCAUGUUAGAGCGUGUCCCUUUGUCACCUGAAUCAAAAUGCCAACAAAACAAGGGAAGCAAGGAAGGAAGAGGUCCAAACAGCCAAAUCUCUAGCCUCAGCUGCUACAGCUGUUCAUGGGCUGUGCUCAUGGCAGAGACAAACAUGGUGAGCGAUUUUUGUCCUGCCCAUUGUACAGGUAACUUUCACAGCAGCAUUACAACCCCUUGCGCUUUAACUGCUUUCCUCUUGUCAGUCUUCUCAGUAUCUCCGAGAUAAGACAUGUUAGCUGGGCAGAGCAGUCUUCUCAGUGGUCGUGUUUAUUAGACUGCCAGUAUAAAAACAUUUUUGACUGUAGCUGUACUAAAAAGUCAUCCUGUUUCUUCUAAGAAUUGCUAGUUUUAAAGUUGCAGCUGGGCUUUCUGACAUCUGGGUUUCUGACUAUCUGGGAGAUGUUUCCAUUUCUCUUCCACUUAGGUAUGGCCGUAAGAAUAAGACGUGUAAAAAAUAACUUUAACUUGGUUAGGAUAGCUUUACCUUAAGAUAGUUUUACCGAAAGCAUUAUGAUAAUUACUGUAUUGAUUAUGGAUUAGGUGUUGGCAUGGGAUAGCUCUUUUGGGGAAACAUGUUGUUUCUCAGAUUUCAAAAAAUAUAUAUAUUUGAAUUUCCUUUAUGCUAUAAUAGUUCUCAAAAGGGAAACUGUGUGCUUCCUUCAGCUCUCUUUCAGUGAGAAAGAUAAGCUUUCAAAUACCGUGCAAAUAGGAAGGGAUGCUUAUUACUUCAGCUUGAUUACUGAUACACAGGAAGAAUAUAACUUAACUAAAAAAUUUUAGUUUGGAUUUACAGUAUUUGUAAGGUACGUUAACCAUACUGUGUAUUUGUAAUAGGCUAGUGGGAAAAUAUCUUUGUAGUUGAUUUUGGUCCUUAAUGCUGAAAUGCAUCUCCUAACUAAAUUAUUAAGAUUACUUAAUUAGUAUCCAGCUGUGUUGGACUGGGGCUAAGGCCAGUCACAGUCAUUUCCCUAACAAUCCAUCUAGGAUAUAAUAGCUUAAAAAUAGGCAGCUCCUAAUGGAGGCACCUAACUGUGGUAAGAAAUGGCACAGCUGUUGGCUUCUGGUAGCUGAUUGACUUGGGCUUAAAGCGUUUUCCACAAAAGCGUGGCUUCAUUUUGCCCUGCUGAAUUAGUGCAGGAGUCCUUUCUGCAAGCAGUCCUGCGGAGUGGUGACAGUAACGUCAGCCUGUUCUGGCUCUGAAGUAAAUGCAUUGCCUGGAGCUCGCAACCUUGGCUUGCCAAGAGAAAACGUAGGACCCAGGUGUAUAGGCUCCAGGAAAGGGGGCCGAUACAUUGAGUAAGGGACACCAAAGAGCAUCCCACAGCCAUGGGUCCCCAACCCUGCAGGAGCUGUCAGGGUGCACCGUGUUUUCCUUCUGGCCUGUUGUGUAGGCACCUCUUCAAUGAUUAAUCUCUGUGUGAUGGCUGCCUAAGGAAAAACAUUAAUUCCAUAGAAGGAGGUGGCUGUAGGUUUUCUUGCAGCUUGAGAAUGGGGAAAAAAGGGUAAGAGCCAGGAAACUGGAGUCUUUCAUUUCUUCCAGCUUUGGAUAAAGCCCAGACUUUGAGGCAGGCCUGGCUUGCACAGCCAGUGGAAGGGCAGGAAAGGAAUUUACCUCAUGAAACCUCUUUUAGGCAUGGUGCUCUUGAGAGAGGAAAAAAAAGGUUGUAAAUCUGCGAACUUCUGAUGAGUCCUCACUAAUAACAAGUAAUGACCAGUGAGGAACGAUGGCAGGAAAGCAAUACAGAACCCGAUCAAUAUUAACUGAAAAACUGUAGGUGCCAAAGCAAGCCCCUGUAGUACUCAUAGGCUCUUGGUCUCCUCCCAUCCUCUUCUGUCAAGAUACGCAAGCUGUGACAUUAAGCUGGAGUUGUGCUGGACUUAGUCUAACCUGUUGCCGUAUGUUUUUAAUGGGCUGUUAAGGGAGGUUGUGGUGAAGUGCAACGUGUGAAGCCCUAAGCCUUGAUCAGUAAGGUGAUGUGCGAAGAGAUGAGUCUUGGUUGCUCUGAUACAAUGCCAUAUUUUCCACUUGUGAGAAACAAAGCUGGUAUUUUUAUGCAACAGUGGAAUCUUUGCUUUAAAGCUGCUAGAUCACAGCUACUUCUAAACUGCAUGAGGUAGCACACGCGUACCUUAAGGCAGCUGAUUAUAUAUGGAUAAUAAAACCCAACAAUGAUUUCAUUUGAAAAAGUUAUGGAAGAAAAAUGCUGAAAGGUUUAUACUGGUAGGUUUUAUUUUAGGUCAUAAUUAUAGAACAUUCUGGCUAUGAUGUUUUUAUCAGUUUUUUUUUUUUUGGGUGAGAGCAAGAUGGGAGCACAGUAGCUCAACUGAUAAGAGCCUUUGGAUACCCACUUCUCCCUUUUCUCCUUUAAGAAAAUACAUCCUUUGUUUGAAAUGACCAUAAUACAUGUUCUGUUUAGCAGAAACAAUGAAAUUGUUGUUUUAUUUUUUUGGACAGAAGGAAAGGCUGUCAUGACAAUUGGGGUGACGAAUUUGAAGUUAUAUGCUGCGUUAUGAAUUCCUGUUUUUCUGAAAUACAAUACUGUCUUUUGGGGAAUAUGGUGCACUUCUGGGCUGGUUGCGUUCAGCUAAUCUUCAAAGCUUGAAUUGCACUAGGAAGUGUGGGACCACAGAUUUGGUGUAAGGAACAAGGAUUGGGAGGGGCUACAGUGUAAUUUAGUAAUUAUAGUGAGUCUAAGCACUCUUCUGAAGAUGGCUUUGUCUUUGCAGACACUAUGGAAUGUUUUAGCUCAAGCAGGCUUAUUACCCUGAACUUGACUUCACGUUACACCUGUCUACAUGUUGAGUGGCUUUCUAACAAAGAUUUUGUGUUCACAGGGCAUACUAAGCCCAACUUUUACAACCUGGUGACCACAGUAGUCAUCAAUACCAGGAGAGAAGAAGAAGAAAAAAACAACUUCAUAUUCUUAGCUGACCUAUCCUUUUGAAACAACUUGUUCUGGAGAUUAAUUUCAUCAAAUUUGCAUUUUCUUCAUUGUGAGAUCACUAGCAAUGUGCCUGCGUUGUCUACAGUGGAUGCUCCAAACUGAAAUUUAGCUUUGUUCCUGGACACCCUCUGCAGACCUCUACGCCAGCAUAAAGACAUAACACAUAACAAACCUAGUUGUUCACGAAAUAUAGAAUCCCAGCAUUGUGGGUUCUUUUUUAACCAGAUACAUAAAGUUGCCCACAAUCUAAAGCAGGAGGCAAGGAGAUGAUAGAUUUGGUAGACUUCUGAGGGUUGUUCUGAGCAGAAGGAAGUGAUUCACUUUUAACUUUUAAUUCUAGGACCAGCUUCUAUGUGAACGCUGAGACGCUCUUUUUCAAGAACUGAUCCUGUUACCUUAUAUCUGCUUGGCAAAAUUUGCAAAGUCAAUACUCCAGCCUUGCCCAUUGCUGUUGGUUCUGGUAUUCUGGUUGUCGAAUUCCAGUUCUAAAUGAGCUAACCUUUUAUGCUCACCCACCCCUAUUUUUUGCUCACACAUGGUGCGUCUGGAACUUGAGAUACUGAGUAAACAUUUCCAUGUGUCGUGCCUCACUAUUUCUGCUUUUGCUGAAGUAUGUUUGGGUCAUCCCCUUUUUCAGAUGUUCAGUGUAAACAACUUGUAGAGAAUAUCUGCUGUCAGCUUAAAUAUAUUCUCCUUUUGAACUGUGAGCAAAACCUCAGCCUUGAUUAGAUGAUAAAACCUACCUGAGGCAUGCAUGUAAAGCUUGUUUUAUAUUCAUAUGUGAAAACUGAUGACAGAUGAAAGGCUCAAGGAAUAAUACGGGAAGAGUUUCAGCUGAAAGAAGUCAAUUACUGGUCUAGAGAAGUGGGGAACUUAACUUGGAGGAGCGGGGGAGAAGAACUAUGGGGAGGCAAAGGUCUUCAGAGUGUUGUAGUGUUCAGAAAGGGGGAAGAGAAGUUUUUGUAUGGAUCUGGUGCUGUAGCUGAUGCUUGAGAGAGAUUUCAAUGGUCAAAGCUGGGGCAGAAGGAUGCGAGCAGAGUGCUAAAGCAAGUGGCAGGGCAAGUGGCUGCUUGGGGAGAUGAUAGGAAAAUGGUUGGCAAAAAUCAGAUUUACCUCACUAGAAUGUGGUGGUCAUCAAAAACUUGUAAGAAGAAGAGUGAGGAAUACAGUGGUAGGGCAGCUGAUGCAGGUUUUGCCACGUUUGGAUUAGGUUUGAAGAUACCAGCACAACCAGGGUGCAGUCAGAAGUAGCCAAACACUGGAUUGGGCAAAUGUGGUUGUGGGUAGAUUCAGGAACUUGAAUGGAGCAAGAGAAGGGCAAGUUGUAUGGGAGGGAAAGCGAUGGGGAAAAGACAGCAUAAGAAUCAAGGACAAAGAACUUUCUGUACAAAAUGGACUGAUGUUAGGAGAUCUGGGUGGGGGUGGAGGCAGGUCUUAUAACUGACGUACCAGGUGAAGUCGGUGUAGAGGCUUGAUGUGUAAUGUGGCAAAGGACUGGCGGUCAGCAGACAGGACACUGAAGCUGAUGACAAACACAUUUCUAGGUUAUAGGAAUUAGUGUAAUGACACAGGAGAGGCCAGCCCUGCCACCCACCCUGCUGCACCAGCCCUGAGAGAAGACUGGUAGUAAGUGGAAGAGAUUGGUAGUAAGUGUAUGAUGAAAGGGGGGUGGAUUCUCACAGGUGUGAGAGGUCAAAAAUAGAGCAUAAUCUUCAACAGUGAGAAGGAAAACACGUUGGUAAUCCUGUCAAAAAGAAAAAAAAAAGGCUGUAGCUUCCCCAGCUGAUGG